AUGGCAAUUUCUAUGGAGAUGCAGCAAUCAUCAGCUGCGCAUAAUGAUAUCGACGAUGCAUAUGCAAAACAUGAUAUGGAGUAUGUGGAGAGGGCAGCGGACGCGUCCGACAAGGGCGAUUCUGCUGCAGAUAGAGCACAAUUAUCCAAACCACACCGUGAUUAUUUGAUGGAGCAACAUGGCACGUUGGAUCUCGAUCCCAUACCUGCAAUGGACCCUGCGGAUCCCUACAAUUGGCCAAAAUGGAAGAAAAUGACGAACCUUAUCUUAGUCGCCUUCCAUGCAUGCAUGGGAACCUUUGCAGCAGCCGGUAUCAUCCCCGCAUAUUCGAAUAUUUCAGAGAUGUACGAUGUUUCCAAUCAAUCGGCAAGUUAUUUGACUUCGCUACAAAUUGCGGUCUUGGGUGGGGCACCGCUUUUCUGGAAGCCUCUAUCCCAUCGCUUUGGUCGUCGUCCUAUAUUUCUUAUCUCCUUGCUCUGCAGCCUUGUAUGCAAUAUUGGGUGCGCGAAAAGUACUACUUAUGGUGCGACCGCUGCGUGUAGAGCUCUUGCGGCGUUCUUUAUUGCCCCGGCUUCUGCUAUUGGGAGUGCUGUGGUGAUGGAGACAACCUUUAAGAAGGAUCGCGCUCGGUAUAUGGGUAUUUGGACCGUGAUGAUUACCCUGGGAGUUCCUCUUGGGCCCUUCAUCUUUGGCUUUGUUACUUAUCGGGUUGGCUAUGAGUGGAUAUAUUGGGUUUUAGCCAUUAUUAACGGUGUUCAGUUUAUCCUCUACCUAUUCUUUGGACCCGAAACUCGCUACGUGAACAGUGGUGAAUGGCGGGACGAAUCAACUUUCAGGAGAGAAUACAUUUCGAUCCGUCGCAUUGACCCUAUGCCUUUCACAUGGUAUGAGUUUGUCAAGCCAUUGACCCUGUUCACCCAACCAUCCGUCAUAAUACCUACCUGUGCCUACGCCAUGGUCUUCCUUUUCAGCAAUAUCAUGACAACUGUCGAGAUCCCAGCUCUUCUACAGACAAAGUUCGACCUCAAUGCGGAACAGGUUGGCAUGCAGUUUCUUGGUAUGAUCAUUGGAUCUGUUAUUGGCGAGCAAAUGGGCGGAAACCUAUCAGAUUACUGGAUGAGAAUGCGAGGAAAGCGAGUGCAUGGAGUAGCAGAACCCGAAUUCCGGCUUUGGUUAAGCUACUUCGGAUUUGCUCUUACAUGUGUGGGAUUGAUCAUCUUCCUUGUUUGUACGCAGGAGGCUCCUGCAGGAACUUGGACAGUCUCACCUAUAAUUGGAACAGGAAUUGCUGGUGCGGGAAGUCAAUUGGUCACAACAGUAAUGGUCACUUAUGCCAUUGAUUGCCAUUCUCAUGAAGCCGCCAGCGUAGGCGUUUUUAUAACUUUUGUUCGACAGAUUUGGGGCUUCCUUGGUCCGUUCUGGUUUACCUCAUUAUUUGACAGCGUUGGUGUGGCUGCCAGCGCAGGCGUUGUUUGCGGCAUGAUCGUGGCUGUCAGUGUGAUCCCGACUAUCGUACUCCAAGCUUAUGGUGGCAAGUGGAGACAGAAGAAUGCGGAAGUUGUCUAUUAA